AAGCCUCUCAUCUCUUGACCAAAUAGUGACCCAUCAUCGAUCUCCCCCGCCGCACCCACUCAACCAGCCGUUGCAUCUUCUCAUCGUCGUUGCUUGGCUUCCACUACCAAUUGCUCUCAAUCUCUGCGAGCGGAUGGACAUGGAGCGCCGCGCGGACACCCCGAUCGCCGCGGGGCGGCAGCCUGCGAAUCUAUGGCGCAAGGCGUUGGACGCCAUCCGGGCGUGCAACAGGCUUGGGCACGUCGUGAGGCGGAGCACCUCCUACACCGCCAUCACGAUCCACCACCACGACGGUCACUCCGACGCUGAUGCCGACUCGUGGUACCCUGCUGCCGCCGCCGCCGCCGCCGACGUCGACGGCGGUUCCUUGAAGCGCCUGCUCAAGGAGAUGGACGAGGAGUGCUUCCGCCGCCUCGGUGGCGGCGCCGGCGUCGCAGCCAAGCUCGCCUCCCACCCGGAGCGGGGCAUCGCCGGGGACGCCGACGACGUGCGACGGCGCAAGGCUGACUUCGGCGUCAACGCGUGCCCGAAGCCCGAGUUCAAGAGCUUCUUUGGCCACGUCCGGGACGCGCUCAGCGACGUUUUCCUCAUCGCCCUCCUCGUUUGCUCCGCCGUUUCCCUCGGCGUCGGUAUCAAGGAGCACGGCCUCAAGGACGGGUGGUACGACGGCGCCAGCCUCUUCCUCGCCGUGUUCCUCGUCUCCAGCUUGACGGCCGUCUGCAGCCAUAGGCAGGCCAGGCGGGCCGACAAGCUGGCCAGCGAGUCCGCCGACACCGUCGUCACCGUCGUCCGCGCCGCCCGGAGGCAGGAGGUCUCCACAUUCGACGUCGUCGUGGGCGAUGUGGUAAUACUGAGAAGCGGCGACGCCGUGCCGGCGGACGGGGUGCUCCUCCAUGGCCACGGCCUGCGGGUCGACGAGCCCCACCCUGGCCCGGUGGAAAUCCAAGCCGAGAGAAACCCCUUCCUCGCCUCCGGUGUGAAGGUGCUCGACGGCCACGGCUCCAUGCUCGUCACCGCAGUCGGCACCGACACGUCGUUGGGCGAGGCCUUGAGGAGCCACACAGACCCUCACCCGGCGACGCUCCAGGAGCGUCUCGAGGGCCACACCUCGACCGUCGGCAAGGUGGCCGACGCCGUCGCUGCUGUCGCCUUCACCGUGCUCACCGCGCGCCAUUUCACUGGCUGCGGCACGGGAAUGAUGCCGCUGCUGGACAAGGGCGUCGCGCUCGCGGCGACGCUGAUGCUCACCUUAUCCAUGAAGCCGGUGGUCAUGGACAACGCGCUGGUCCACCGUCUGUCGGCUUUGGAGACGAUGGCGUCCGUCACGGCCAUCUGCGCCGACAAGACUGGAACGCUGACGCUGAACCAGAUGAGCGUGGCCGAGUUCUGGGUCGGCGCUGAGCAGCCUUCAUCCGCCACGGCGAUCGCCGGUGGCGUUGUGAACUUGCUGCGCCAGGGAGCCGGCCUUAACACCACCGGGAGCGUGUACAUGCCGGACAACGCGUCGCCGCCGGAGAUAUCGGGCAGCCCGACGGAGAAGGCGCUGCUGUCGUGGGCGGUGGCGUGCCUCGGCAUGGACGCCGCCACGCUCAGGAGGAGCUUCAGUGUCCUAGAAGUCGAGGCGUUCGACUCUCACCGGAAGCACAGCCGGGCCGUAAUCAGGGACAAUGCCAACGGCGUGGUGCUCGCGCACUGGAAAGGCGCCGCUGAUGUCGUCCUGGCGGGGUGCUCCAUGUACGUGGACACAAGGGGAGAUGCGCGUGAACUCGGCGUCGAGCAGCGGAACAUGCUUGAGAAGGUGAGCAACGACAUGGGGGCCCGAGGCCUCCGGUGCAUCGCCUUCGCCUGCAAGCAGGUCCACCGCACCGAGCCAUCAGAGAUCGACGACGAGGCGGGUCUGACAUUGCUAGGCUUGGUCGGCUUGCACGACCCGUGCCGACCAGAGGUCAAGGCCGCCACUGAAGCAUGCACCAGGGCGGGCGUGGCUGUCAAGAUGGUCACCGGCGACAACAUUCCGACGGCCUGCGCGGCCGCCAACGGGUGCGGCAUCAUGUCCAGCGACGACUCCAAUGGAGUCGUCAUCGAGGGCCCCGAGUUCGUGGGCAUGCCGCCAGCGCGCCAGCUCGAGAUGGUUGACAAGCUCCGCGUCAUGGCGAGGUCGCGGUCCGGCGACAAGCAGGUGCUGGUGGAGCGGCUGAAGCAGAAGGGGCACGUGGUGGCCGUGACCACCGGCGAAGGCACCAGCGACGCGCGGGCGCUCGGGGCGGCCGACGUGGUGCUGUACAUGCGCGCCCCGGGCGCCCGUGUCGCUGGCAGUGUCAGGGACAUCAUCAUACUCAAGGGCAGGUUCGACGCUGUGGUCGCCGCAAUCCGGAUGGGCCGCUGCGUUUACAACAACUUCCAGAAGAUGGUCCAGUUCUACCUCACCGUAAACGUCGUGGCGAUCGUCGUCAACUUCGUGCCGGCGGUCACCACGGGCGACACUCCGCUGACGACCGAGCAGCUCCUGUGGGUGAACAUUGUGAUAGGCGCCUUGAGCGCGCUGGCGGUCGCCACGGACAAGCCCAGCGACGCGCUCAUGGACAGCCCGCCCGUCGCCCGCACGGCGCCGCUCGUCAGCAACGCCAUGUGGCGCGACCUCGCCGCGCAGGCGGCGUUCCAGGUCGCCGUGCUGCUGGCGCUCCAGUACCGUGGCCGCGACGUCCUCGGCACCGACGCCAAGGCCAUGGUCUUCAACGUCUACGUGCUCUGCCAGGUGUUCAACAAGUUCAACACGCGGGAGAUGGAGAAGAAGAAUGCUUUCGCCGGGGUGCUCACGAGCAGCAGCACGAUGUUCCUCGUCUUCAUCGCCGGCAUGCUCGUGCUGCAGGUGGUGAUGGUGGAGGUGCUCGGCAGGCUCGCCGGCGCUGAGAGGCUCGGCCUGGGGCAGUGGGGCAUCUGCGUCGCCAUGGCCGCCGUGUCGUGGCCCGUCGCCAUGGCCGCCAAGUUCAUCCCCGUGACAUCGCCGUGCAGGAGCUCAUCACACGCCAACGCAUUAUGUUAGGCUACUAUAUAUACAUAUGUAUCCAUACUGUAUGCGCGCUUGUGUUUCGUAUACGCCAUACGGUGUAGGUUUGACUCAUCAUGGCUCGGCUGAGUCCUGUAUAUAUUUAUGUUGCUUUCAACAUUUAUUCAAUAUUUAUUUAUUUAUUUAACUUAA